AGGAGAUGGAAGAGGAGGACUCAGAAGCAACUGGAAUAGGGAAGAGAUCAAGGGAAAGUCCCCAACCCACCCAGGCUGGGAGUGGUGUUCAAUCCUGGGAAAGAGCUGUGCCAGAAAUCCUGUCACAGGACAUGAUGACUGCAGAUGGACGCAACCGAUGCUUCCGGCAGUUCCGCUACCAUGAGGCUGAUGGACCCCGAGAAGUUUGCAGCCAGCUCCAUGGACUUUGCAGCCACUGGCUGGAGCCUGAGAGGCACACCAAGAAGCAGAUCCUGGACCUGGUGAUUCUGGAGCAGUUCCUGGCCAUCCUGCCCCAGGAAAUGCAGUGCUGGGUGAGAGGAUGUGAGCCAGAGACCAGUUCCCAGGCAGUGGCCCUGGUUGAAGGUUUCCUCCUGAGCCAGGCUGAGAAGAAGAGGCAGGCAGAGCAGAUGUGGGGACCAGCUGUGAAGACAGAAGUGAAGUUCUCUGAGGCAGAAGGUGCUCUGUCAGAGGAAAGUCAGAGGGCGCAGGCCCAGAAGUGUGCCCAAGAUGCCCUGUCAUGUGGCAGUGAAGAGAUGUUGUCAAGCCAUCAUCUUUCCAGUGAAGUGCAAAUGUCCGUUCCCCCUCUGGUCCAGUCUCCCUUUUCCUUUGAGGAGGUGGCCGUGUAUUUCACUGAGGCUGAGUGGGCCCUGCUGGAUCCAGGCCAGAAAACCUUCUAUAGGGAAGUCAUGCUGGAGAACUAUGGGCAUGUGGCCUUUUUGGGGUUCACUUCGUGA